AUGGCUGCGAACAAUACAAGUUAUGUUAACCUCCUGUUUAGUCAAUCUCAGUCCCCAGUAGACCUUGAUUCACCCGAACCUUUUUGGUUCGGGACCCAAGGUCCUGAUGCGUCUCCUACUGUCGAAUCUGCUGUGGACUCUCCUGUUAGGAAGGAGAGGAGGCCUUGGUCUACUAAGGAGGACAAAAUCCUAAUCGGAGCUUGGCUUAACACGAGUAAGGAUGCGGUGGUGAGCAAUGAGCAGAAAGCUGCUAGGUUCUGGAGCCGCAUUGUUGACUACUACAACAAAAGCCCUCAACUGGUGGGAACAGUGCCUAGAGAGCUUGGUCAGUGCAAGCAGAGGUGGGCUCGGAUUAACGAGCAAGUGUGCAAGUUCGUAGGCUGCUAUGACACAGCACUGAGGGAGCAGAGUAGUGGGCAAAACGAUGAUGAUGUCAUGAUAGCUGCUUUGGAUAACUUCUCCAAUCAGUACUCGGUCAAGUUUAGCAUGGAACAUGCCUGGAGAGAGUUGAGGCAUGACCAGAAAUGGUCCUCUACCUAUUUGGCUAAGGGAAGUGGGAAGGAAAAGCGCAAAGGGGUGGAGGUUGUUAGAGAAGAAGAAGUGGUUAGACCCGUGGGGGUCAAGGCAGCUAAAGCUGCUACGAAGAAGAAGAAGAGUGUUGCAGAAGAGUCCUUGUCACAAAUACAAGUCAUAAUGGAAAUGAAAGAUAAACUCUCUAAGCAGAAGUUGCUUGACCGUCUACUCGCCAAAAAAGACCCUCUUACUGAGAUGGAAAAAGCUCUUCAGCUGAAACUUAUGUCUAAUAUGUUAUGA